UUGUAGAUCCAUAUGAAUUCUUCUUAUAUAUUGUAUACUUACCAUUAUUUUCUUGCUUUAUUAUUAGAUGAAUUUUUAUCUGCUCUUUCUUAAUGUUACAUGCUGUGUGCACAAUCCAUAGGCGUGUGUUAUGGGGGAAACCGAACGCUUACAAUUUGCCAGCAGAGAAUGAAGUUGUGAGUCCCUAUGAAGCGUAUGGCAUAUGUAGGAAGAAUCUCUUUGAUGCCUUAAUGGAUGCACUUUACUCAGCUCUUGAGAAGGCAGGAGGGAGCUAUUUGAAGAUUGCUGUCUCAGAGAGUGGUUGGGCAUCUGCUGGUGGAACUGUGGAAACAGCCGAAAGCGCAGACACAUCUUAUAGGAACUUGAUCGAUCAUGUCAAGGGACUCCAAGGAGGUCUGGACAGGCUAUGGAAAUUUCUCAAUGUUUGAUGAGAACAGGAAGGAACUUGAAAUUGAGUGACAUUUCUGCCUAUUUCUACCUGAUAAACAGCCCAAGUAUAGUAUUGGCUUCAACUAAUCGAGAGGAAAAAAAUCUGCUACGCAACUCUUUGCUGCAUCAAUACUAUCAUAUGCAAUAUGCCUGGAAUUUUCUACAGUUAAUGAUUUUAGUUCUGCCAGAACUUAUAAUCAAAAGUAAUUCGCUCCAUGUGUUCUCCUUUGAUAAGAAACUUAAAUGCUACA